AUGGCCGCAAGAUGGGAUUUUUCCGAUUUGUGGGGAAAAGAUAGCAAGAGGGGAACACCUGUUGUGGUGAAAAUGGAGAAUCCUAACUAUUCUGUUGUGGAAAUCAACGGUCCAGAUUCUGCAUUCAGGCCAGUUGAGAAGAGUAGAGGGAAGAAUGCUAAGCAAGUCACAUGGGUUUUGCUCCUCAAGGCUCACAGAGCUGUUGGUUGUGUUGCUUGGUUAGCUACUGUCUUCUGGGCCUUGCUUGGGACUAUAAAGAAGAGGUUGAUCUUUAGACAAGGUGUUACUGUGGCUACUGAGAAGUUAGGCAAAGGGAAAUUGGUGCUUAAAACCAUUAGAGUGUUUUUAGUGACUGCUUUGGUAAUUUUAGCUUUUGAAGUGGCUGCUUAUUUCAAAGGUUGGCAUUAUUUUGAGAGUGCUAAUUUGCACAUCCCAAGGACCUUGGAUUUGCAAGGCUUGCUUCACAUGGUUUAUGUUGCUUGGCUAACAUUUAGGGCUGAUUACAUUGCGCCCCUAAUUCAAGGUCUCUCUCAAUUCUGUGUUGUUUUGUUCCUUAUUCAAUCUGUAGAUCGUUUGAUACUUUGUUUGGGUUGCUUUUGGAUUAAAUUCAAGAAGAUUAAGCCAAGGAUUGAUGGGGAUCCAUUCAAGUCAGAUGAUGUUGAGGCACAAGGCUAUGAGUAUCCCAUGGUUCUUGUACAAAUCCCAAUGUGUAAUGAAAGAGAGGUAUAUGAGCAGUCUAUCUCUGCAGUUUGCCAAAUGGAUUGGCCAAAGGAUCGUAUACUGAUUCAAGUACUGGAUGAUUCUAAUGAUGAGAGCAUCCAAUGGUUAAUCAAGGCAGAGGUUACUAAAUGGAGCCAAAAGGGUGUCAACAUAAUCUAUAGGCAUCGUUUGAUUAGGACUGGUUACAAAGCUGGAAAUCUCAAGUCUGCAAUGGGCUGUGAUUAUGUAAAGGAUUAUGAGUUUGUUGCAAUUUUUGAUGCUGAUUUCCAGCCCAAUCCAGACUUCCUUAAGCUGACAGUGCCUCAUUUCAAGGGCAAUCCUGAACUAGGGUUGGUUCAGGCCAGAUGGGCAUUUGUGAACAAGGACGAGAAUUUAUUGACUCGUCUCCAAAACAUUAAUUUGUGUUUUCACUUUGAGGUUGAACAGCAAGUUAAUGGUGCAUUCCUAAAUUUCUUUGGUUUCAAUGGAACUGCUGGUGUUUGGAGAAUCAAAGCCCUUGAAGAGUCUGGAGGAUGGCUUGAAAGGACAACUGUAGAGGACAUGGACAUAGCUGUCCGUGCACAUCUCAAUGGUUGGAAAUUCAUCUUCCUUAAUGAUGUGAAGGUCCUCUGUGAAGUUCCCGAGUCCUAUGAGGCUUACAGGAAGCAGCAACAUCGUUGGCAUUCUGGUCCUAUGCAACUUUUCCGCUUGUGUCUUCCAGCAAUUAUAACCUCUAAGAUGGCAUUAUGGAAGAAAGCAAACUUAAUAUUCCUGUUCUUUCUAUUGAGAAAACUUAUCCUUCCUUUCUAUUCCUUCACACUGUUCUGCAUAAUUCUUCCUUUAACAAUGUUUGUCCCUGAGGCUGAGCUUCCUAUGUGGGUUAUUUGCUAUGUUCCUGUCUUGAUGUCAUUCCUCAACAUUCUUCCUGCUCCAAAAUCCUUCCCUUUCGUUGUUCCUUACCUGCUCUUUGAAAACACCAUGUCAGUUACCAAAUUCAAUGCCAUGGUAUCUGGUUUAUUCCAGCUGGGUAGCUCGUAUGAGUGGGUUGUCACCAAGAAGGCUGGUAGGUCAUCAGAAUCUGACUUACUGGCUGCUGCUGAGAGGGACUCAAAGACAAUGAACCAAUCCCAGAUAUGCAGAGGAGCUUCUGAGACUGAGCUUGAGCUGUUGAACCAAUUAAAGGAACAAAACGAAGCAGCUCCUAAACCUGUUAAGAAAGUGAACAAGAUAUACAGGAAAGAGCUUGCUCUAGCAUUCCUCCUACUCACAGCUUCUGUCAGGAGCUUGUUAUCAGCCCAGGGAGUCCACUUUUACUACCUUCUCUUCCAAGGUGUGACCUUCCUUCUUGUUGGUCUUGAUCUGAUUGGUGAGCAAAUAAGCGAAGCGUGA